UGCCUGGAACCCGGAGGCGCACCAAGCCAAAGGCAGCAAAACUUGGCAAGCAGCAAAACUUGACAGCAGGUGCGGCCAUUUUGACAAAGGUGCACAUAUCCGUGCUGGAAAGGGAGUCGUCCUUUAGGGAGUGCAAAGCAGGGGGAACAGUCUCAGGAAGUGCUUAUGAAGAACAAUAUAGGGCUUGGAGAAGCCAAAGUAGUAUGACAAAGGCAGCAUGCCUCACUGUGGGCACAGAGUAAGAGUAAACUAAUUUAGUUUAAGGAAAAGAUCUCUUCCUGACAGGAUUGCUGGUGGCCCUUCGGUGACAUCUCCCGGUGAAAGGUGACAGGGGUACGAACCUUGGAGCUCCAGGAGAAGUGACCUUGCUUAGCGUCAGUGGACUGCUUGGCUAGGAUGCACAAUGGAACCCAGUGAGGCCCAGGAACCAGCUCAGGGAGCGCCGCCCAUCAGACUGACCUGGUCCUAUCCUGGCUACCUUGGCUAAAAGUCUGUAUUGAGGAGAACUGUAAAGUUACGAUGGCUCGUGUCACAGCUUUCUUCAAAUGCCAGCCCCAAACUGAAAAACCCAUGCUGUCAGGAGAACUUGAGGAGACCCCACCACGAUAUGCCCCACUGUCCCCCUCACUGCCACCUGUGCCUCCAGCCACUGGGCUGCUGAAACCCUACCGGAGCCUGCCUCUAGUCCUGAGACCUCACCACCUCCAGCACCACCGGCCUCUCCAGAUGUGAUGGGCUUGCCUGGACCACUUGUCCUAACCCCAUACACCCCUCCUGGAAAGCAACUAGAAGAUCAGGCCAGCAGAGACAGUCCCUCCCUGCAGCAACACCAGAGCCCUACAGAUGCCACUAAGGGAAACUAGGGGACCUGUCUCUUAUGAUCAGGAAGGCCAGAUCUGAGGAGACCAGCAUGUUUUUGUGUACCCAACCUUUACCACUACGGACCUCCUAAAUUGGAAGCACCAUACUCCUUCCCAUACGGAGAAGCCCAGGCUAUGAUUGAACUAAUCCAUAAUUCAAACCCACAAACCUACCUGGACGGACUGCCGCCAACUCCUCCUGACCCUCUUUGACACAGAGGGGCGUUGUGGAAUUACCCAGGCGGCCCUAAAAUGCUUACAGGAGAAUGCCCCGGCUGGGAUGCUAGACACCCAGGCUUAUGCUCAAGCUCACUUCCCUGGGGAGGACCCCAAAUGACUCAAGUGUAGAUGGAGGGCUCGCAAGGACUGAACGGUCUCAAGAAGCCCUUCUAAAUGGCAUGAAGGAAGGGGGUGAAAAGGCCAUAAAUGUGAGUAAAACAUCAGAAGUACUCCAGGCACCCGAGGAGAGCCCAAGCCAGUUCUACGAGACAUUAUGUGAGACAUUUCGUCUCUACACCCGUGUUGAUCCAGAAGCGCCCGUGACCCAGCGUAUGGUCAGUGGGCUUUUGUCAGUCAGGCCCAACGGGACAUCUGGCCCAAGCUGCAAAAGCUGGACGGUUUUGCUGGCAUGAAUGCCAGUCAGUUGCUGGAAGUAGCAACCCAGGUGUUUGUCAUUAGUGACCAGGUGGCAUGGAGGAAAGAAUGCCAGAAGGUGCAGAAAAAGGCAGACUCGUUAGCUGCUGCCUUGGUGGAGCAGUCGGAACACUCCUGGAAAGGCGCCCCAUAGGGACGGAGCUGGGGCCCAAAAGGGGACAGGCGGGGAGGAUCAUCUUGCCCAGGACCAAAGUUAGGAUGGAACCAGUGUGCUCACUGCCAUCAGGAGAGCCACUGGAAAAAUGAGUGCCCCCUGCGGCUGGGUAAUUCUCAGCAGGGCCCCAAGCAGAAACAAAGGGGCCAUGUGGUCCAGGGCCAGUACCAACCAGCAUCAUGGCCUCAUGGGGCCCCCAGAGAUGAUUUUGUGGAGCUGCCAUGGAGGACUAUGAGGAGGACUAGGACAGACUGGGCUCUAUUUUGUUAGGCCCCCAAGAGCCUAUGGUCCAAUUGAAUAUGGGGGGCUGAUCCACUGACUUCAUGGUAGAUACUGGAGCAGAACACUCGGUGGUGACGCAACCAGUGGGCCCCCUCUCGCAGAGACAAGCUGCUGUUGUGGGGGCCACAGGCAAUCAGACAUGCAGUCCCUUCCUGCUGCCUCGGGAAUGCAGUUUAGGCGGCCAUGAAGUCAUCCAUGAAUUCCUGUACCUCCCCUCCUGCCCUGUGGCUUUAAUGGGCCAGGACCUGUUGGGAAAGCUGCAGGCCCAGAUAACUUUCAACUCCCAUGGACAAGCUGCUCUGGACCCUACGAAAGCCGGAAGCAAAGAUUAUGACUGUCAGGAUUCCUCAAGGGGAAGAAUGGCGCCUCUACAGUCUCAUGGAGGAACCACAACAGGGACCUGAGCUGCCCUUCAGAGUACCCUUGUGUGGGCUGAGGACAACUCCCCAGGACUGGCCUGGAACAUACCUCCAGUAAUUGUAGCCAGGGGCAGAGCCUAUCUACCAAAAACAACAUUUCAUCCCUCGUAAGGCACAGGUAGGGCUACAGAAGCACCUGGAGAGACUUCUAAAAUAUGGGAUCCUCCAACCCCGUCGGUCAUCUUGGAACAUGCCUCUCAUACCAGUCCAGAGCCGGGCACCGAUGACUAUCAGCCAGUCCAAGACCUGCAUGCUAUCACCAGCCCACAGGUCCCAGCUCUGGGAGCAAAAUCCAUCAAGAGAAGCAAGGAGCGGGUCUCAGGACCUGCGUGCGGUCAUUUGUGGGGACACCACUGACCAGAGACCAAGAUUUCUAACCAGGAAUUUAGGGCAAUGCAAGGAGAAACUAGAGACACAGCAUCCCCGUUACCGGCUGUUUUCCAAUAACAGAAGAAAAUGAUUAAGGACCAGGUGACUUUAUUUUAUUCUUCCCUUAAUUCUGUGAUUGAUUUUUGGAGGACUUUAAAAUGCAACUGAAUUAAAUGGAAGAGUACACAUUGGAAUCGCUGACACUGGAGGAUGUGGCUGUGGACUUCACCCAGGAGGAGUGGCGGCUCCUGGCCCCCGCCCAGAAGGACCUGUACCGGGACGUGAUGCUGGAGAACUUCAGGAACCUGGUGUCAGUGGGGUAUGUGGCCAGCAUGCCGGCUGCACUCUCCAGACUGGAACGAGGGGGACGGUGGAUGACAGAAGGUGAAACCCGCCAUUGGAUCUGUCCAGAGAUCAAGAAAGAUGGUGGCCAUCUACAGGGGCACUUGCAAAAUCAAAGAUGUCCAAAGAGAAUGAAACAAUGCCAUGAACAUAAUGCAUUUGGAAACAUUGUUCAUCGGAGUAAAAGUAAUUUUCCUGUAAGGCAAAGUCAUGACAUCUUUGACUUACAUGGGAAAACACUGAAGUCAAACUUAAGUUCAGUUAACCGGAACAAAAGCUAUGAAGUAAAGAACCUGACUGAGGUUAAUGGGGAUAUGAAAUCCUUUUCCCAUACAAAGCAUGACCAGUAUUGUGUUGAAAUUAAAUUUCCUGAAUGUGGAAGUUCUGCAAAUACAAAUUCCCAAUUCAUCAAGCAUCAGAGAACUCAAAAGACAGAGAAACCCCACGUAUGCGGUGAGUGUGGAAAAGGCUUCUUCAAGAAGUCUCGGCUCACGGAUCAUCAGAGAGUGCACACAGGAGAGAAGCCUCAUGGAUGCAGCAUAUGCGGCAAAGCCUUUUCCAGAAAGUCCAGGCUCACCGAACACCAGAAAACUCACAUAGGAGAGAGGCGGUACGCAUGCACUGAAUGUGACAGAUCAUUCCCCAAGAAAUCACGGCUCCUUGUGCAUCAGAAAACUCACACAGGAGAGAAACCCUAUGUAUGCAGUGAGUGCGGAAAAGGCUUCUUCAAGAAGUCUCGGCUCAUUAACCAUCAGAGAGUUCACACAGGAGAGAAGCCCCAUGGAUGCAGUCUGUGUGACAAGGCAUUUUCCAGAAAGUCCAGGCUCAUUGAACACCAGAGAACUCACACAGGAGAAAAACCUUACGAAUGCACCCAAUGUGACAAAACGUUCCGCUGGAAGUCGCAGCUCAACGCCCAUCAGAAGACUCAUACAGGAGAGAAACCGUAUAUAUGCGGUGAUUGUGGGAAAGGCUUCAUUCAGAAGGGCAAUCUCAUCGUACACCAGCGGACGCACACUGGGGAGAAACCUUACGUAUGCAGUGACUGUGGAAAAGGCUUCAUUCAGAAGGGCAAUCUCCUUAAACAUCAACGCAUUCACACUGGAGAGAAACCCUAUGUAUGCACCGAAUGUGGGAAAGGCUUUAGCCAGAAGACCUGCCUCAUAUCCCAUCAGCGAUUUCACACUGGAAAGACGCCCUUUGUGUGUAGUGAGUGUGGAAAAUCCUGUUCCCACAAGUCCGGUCUCAUUAACCACAGGAGGAUUCACACAGGAGAGAAACCCUAUACCUGCGGUGACUGCGGGAAGGCCUUUAGAGAUAAGUCGUGCCUUAACAGACACCGGAGGACUCAUACAGGAGAGAGGCCCUACAGGUGCACUGACUGUGGGAAGGCUUUCUCCCACCUGUCUUGCCUCGUUUACCAUAAGGGAAUGUUGCACGCAAGAGAGAAAGGUGUACGUCCAGUCACGGUGGGGAAUCCUUUCUCAGAGAGCCACAGCCCGUCACGUUCAAGUGAUAGCACGCAGGAGAAAGACCCUGUUAAUAAGGUGUCCAGGCCAGUGCCUUCUGUAGCAGCUCAGACUUCGUUACGCCUCUGUGGGCUCCUAGCAAAUAGGAACACAGCCACGGUGGGACAGCCAGGUGCUAGGUGUGCACCACCAGCAGAUAACCGAGUUUGCACAGGGAAACCUGUUGAAUGCAGUGAAUGUGGUGCUGCCUUCACCGACCAGUUGCGUCAUAGUUUAUGUCCCAAAAAGCACACAGGCAUAAAGUGUGAUACAAUCUAGGUGGAAAGCCCUUGAAUAAAACCUGCCAGGUCAGUGUGUGGCUGACCGGCGUAUACUGAGACGCAUGGUGUAAAGCCUGGGAAUAGUAUAAAAAGACAAAUAGAAUAAAGAUCCAGAAAGCCUUUGUGGAAAGAUAGAGCCUGCCGGGUGUCUCACGGGUCCCAUAUCAGCAGUGAGCUCAUAGCUGGUAGAAAUAUAAUGACUGUGGGAAAGUCCUUCCCCAAAGAGAGGACCUCACUAGGUGCCAGACGGUUCCCACAGGAGAGAAACUGUUGGAAGAGCUUUGAAGGCAGUGACUGUGGCAGGACUGUCACUGGAGCAUCCUCAGGCUGGGGAAAUCCUACAGAAAAAAAGGACUCUGAGCACACCAACUGUGGAACGUCUUCAGCAAAAUAGCAGCAAACACAUCCAGCGAAUACGCCUUGUGAAAGUGAAUAUUUCAGAGAUUUCUGCCAGAAGUCUAGCCUCAUUCCACACAGUGCGCAUUUCAGGACAAUAUACCUUGAAUCAGACUCCUAACUGACUGAUGUGAUGGUGACUCCUUAAUUCAAAGGAGGUGGUAGAUGGUGCACAUCAGUGGUUAGAACUAUAACCGUGCACCCCCCCUUUUCUGGGGGGCGCAUGAAUCUUUCAUUCCCACCCAGGAUCAGUAUUUGGUUAGCUCCUGUAUUCUUUUGGUUCUAAAUUUAUUCAGUUAAUUUUAGACCACUGAAGUCCUUCAAAAGGAAGCUGAAUACAUUUAAUUCAGUGUUGUACCAUGGCAUAUUUGGAUGUGUUUGACUUUGUAAAUAUCCCCCAAAGGAACAACUACUCGGAACUCCUGAAUAACCUAUCCGUCAAGUUCUUUGCCUAGAAGACAGUUCCCAGCCGGUACACACACCGCUCAGAAAACCUUUCAUUAGCUAUUUCCUUACAUGAUCUACAGAUGCUGACAGUAGUGAACUAAAUAAGAAUCCUUGCUGCCUUUGAAGUGUUUUUUUUUUUCCUUUUUAAACUGAAUUACAUGCAUAUGGCACUUUGACCUUCCAGCACAUGUAAUCAGAGGAUAGAUAACACCUACAUUAGUUGAAAGGGACAUAAGGUAAAAGGUACAAAGUAUCAUGGUAAUUUCUUGCUCGAGGGGCAUGUUAUUAUUUGGACAGGGAUGGGGAAAAGAUUCAGUUGGUUUUACAUGUGUAACAUGGGAUGUGGAUACUUUGUUAAAAGAUACUAUCCUUCUACCUGGAUUAUAAAUCCCUACCCAGAUAGUUUAUAGAUUUUCGCAUAUUCCCCAGCCCAUAGCAGACUGGAAACAAAUCCCAUGGCUUUGAAAGGCGACUGAAAGUAAAUGCGUGGCCUAAAUGAAUGACCCACUGGACUAAUCAAGCGGAUUUUUGUUCACUUAAGGAAAGGAGCUACGGGAAAGAAAUUUCAAAGAUCAGAAAAUUAU